GAAAGUGGAGUUCGCGCGUCUUGUGCGUCCGUGGACCAAACAGCAGCAGCAGCGGUGCGCUAUUUUACCUCCUCCAGAUCCGCUGGCAUCCCGGGGAGCAGCUACACCGUGCAUGCCUCGGACACCAGGAGGAGGAGGAUAACGACUUUCUUCUUCUUCUUCAUGAUCAUUUUGACUCAUUGAGACUUACAUAUUUAGCAUUUCCCUCAUGGUAACCAACACUGAGCAGCCGGAGACAUGUGGAAUAUUCCGGGGAAACUGCACCGCUUCUUGCUAGUGUGUUUUCUCCUGACGCUGUGGGCUGAGGUGUCUCAGUCCACCGGUUACUUCGAGCUGCAGUUGAUUUCAGUGGAAAACCCGAAAGGUCAGCUCCUCAACGGCGACUGCUGCGACGCGGAGAAGAGCGCGGCGGAGGGCCACUGCGGCGCGGACGAGUGCGACACCUACUUCAGAGUGUGUUUAAAGGAAUACCAAACGGAGGUCACGACCAAUGGACCGUGCACCUACGGCUCGGAAACUACUAAAGUUAUCGGUGGGAAUACUUUUCAGUUCAAAGGCGGCCAGAAAACUGGACAGAACCGGAACAACGACGCAGGGAAGAUCAUCAUCCCCUUCCAGUUCGCAUGGCCGCGAGCAUACACUGUGAUAGUGGAGGCGUGGGACAGAGACAACGGCACACACAGCAAUGAUGAUGAGCUGCUGAUUGAGCGCAGCAUCCACAAAGGAAUGAUCAACCCCGGUGAGGAGAAGCAGACAGUUGAGUACAAAAGCUCAGUCGCCAGUCUGGAGUACACCAUCCGUGUUCGCUGCAACGAACAUUACUACGGCAGCAAGUGCAACAAAGUCUGCCGACCCCGGGACGACUACUUUGGCCAUUAUGUGUGUGACCAGUUUGGGAACAGAGAGUGUAUGGAGGGCUGGACGGGGCCCGACUGCAAAGCAGCCAUCUGCAAACAAGGAUGCAGCCUCCAGCAUGGGACAUGCAACGUGCCGGGAGAAUGCAAGUGUAACUACGGCUGGCACGGCCCCCUCUGCGACGAGUGUCUGCCCUAUCCCGGCUGUGUCCAUGGGACCUGCAGCGAGCCCUGGCAGUGCACCUGUGAGAAGAACUGGGGAGGCCUGCUGUGUGACAAAGAUCUGAACUACUGCGGCACCAACAAGCCCUGUAAGAACGGAGGAACUUGUAUGAACCCAGAGCCAGACGAGUAUAACUGUGCCUGUCCUGACGGAUACUCUGGCAAGAACUGUGAAAUCGCUGAGCACGCCUGCGUGUCCAAUCCCUGCGCCAACGGAGGGACCUGCUAUGAAGUCCCAUCAGGCUUUGAGUGCCACUGUCCGGCUGGCUGGUCGGGGCCGACCUGUGCUCAAGACACAGAUGAAUGUGCAUCCAACCCGUGCGCCCAGGGCGGGACGUGCAUUGACAUGGAGAACGGCUUUGAAUGCCUCUGUCCUCCACAGUGGACGGGCAAGACCUGCCAGAUUGACGUUAAUGAGUGUGCAGGGAAGCCUUGCCUCAAUGCUUACUCUUGCAAAAACUUGAUUGGUGGAUAUCAUUGUGCCUGCUUUCGUGGAUGGGUGGGCCAGAACUGUGACAUAAAUAUGAACAGCUGCCAUGGUCAGUGUCAGAACGGCGGGACCUGCAAGGAGGUAGCCAGAGGAUACCAGUGUGUUUGCCAAGCAGGCUAUGUUGGCCGCCACUGUGAAAUUCAGAGAAACCGCUGUGCGAGCAGCCCAUGCCGGAAUGGCGGUCGCUGCCACGCCCUGCUGGACGGCUUUAUGUGUGAAUGCCUGCAGGGUUUCACUGGUACCACCUGUGAGGUGCAGAAUGAUCCAUGCAGCCCGAACCCUUGCCACAAUAAGGCUCAAUGCCACAGCAUGAUGGGAGAUUUCUACUGUAGCUGCCCGGAUGAUUACGAGGGCAAAACCUGCUCAGAGCUCAAAGACCACUGCAAGACCAACAGGUGUCAAGUGAUCGACAGUUGCACUGUUGCUGUGGCAACCAACGAUACCCAAAAGCGGGUGUGGCACAUCUCCUCGAAUGUGUGCGGCCCCCAUGGACGUUGCAUCAGCCUUCCUGCCGGGAACUUCAGCUGCUCCUGUGAGCCGGGAUUCACUGGCACCUACUGCCACGAGAAUAUAAAUGACUGUGCGUCAUCCCCCUGUAAGAACGGAGGCACAUGCAUUGAUGGUAUCAACUCCUUCCAGUGUUUCUGCCCAGACGGCUGGGAGGGAAGUCUAUGCGAUGUUGAUGUGAAUGAGUGUAGCAGAAACCCCUGCCAGAACGGAGGCCAAUGCAUCGAUCGAUUCAACGACUUCUCCUGCAACUGUGUUGACAACUGGAAAGGAAAGACCUGCCACUCACGUGAGAGCCAGUGCGACUCCACUACCUGCAGUAAUGGAGGGACGUGUUACGACCACGGGGACUCUUUCCUGUGUAUCUGCCCCUCAGGCUGGGGUGGCAGCACCUGCAACACAGCCAUGAACAGCACAUGUGACCUGAGCCCUUGUGAGAACAGCGGGACGUGUGUCGGAGGAGGAGACGCCUUCACCUGCAUCUGCAAGGAUGGCUGGGAGGGGCCCACCUGUGCACAGAAUGUUGACGACUGCAAUCCACAUCCCUGCUACAACGGCGGCCUCUGUGUCGAUGGCGUGAACUGGUUUCGCUGCGAGUGCGCCCCAGGAUUCGCCGGACCGGACUGCCGCAUCAACAUAGAUGAGUGUCAGUCAUCUCCGUGCGCUGAGGGUUCAACCUGCAUGGACGAGAUCAACGGCUACCGCUGCGUCUGCCCUCCAGGAUACGCUGGAGCUCGCUGUCAAGAGUUUAUCGGUCUUGGAAAGUCAUGCCGUCAUGCAGGGUUGCAGUUUCCUCACGGCAGUAGGUGGGAGGAGGACUGUAACGCCUGCCAGUGUGUCAACGGAUACGUUCGCUGCUCCAAGGUGCGUUGUGGUCGUCGGCCCUGCCUCCUCCCCAAAGCUUUGCCUCUUCCUGCAGACGCAAGCCCUCCACCCUGCCCUGGAGGUCACGAGUGCGUGGAGCACCAGUUCCUCACUUGCUUCUCACCGCCCUGCCACCAGUGGGGUGUGUGCUCAACGCCGGACCCUCCUACACCCCUGCACACCCAGUGUGAGCCCAACAGCGGUUACCUUGACAACAACUGUGCUCGCAUCACGCUCAUCUUCAAGAAGGACAAAGUGCCGCAGGGCACCACCGUGGAGAACAUCUGCUCUGAGCUGAGGUACCUCCCUGUGACUCAGACGCUGGCCGAGGAGCGAGGGCUGCUCAUCCUCUGUGACCUGUCCUACACCAACAGCGACGCUGUAGAGGUUGCAAUGUCUUUUGAGCAGGACGGGCGUUCAAAGGACAGCGAUCGUGGUCAGAUCCAGAAAGCAGCCAGCACCAUCAUCGGCGCCCUGUCCAAACGCCACAAUAGCACCGUCAUGCUAGCUGUGGUUGAGGUCAAAGUGGAGACACAAGUAGAGUCGCCGCCUGUUGGUUACCUGGUCCCGGUGCUGUGCGUGGUCUUCAGCGUCCUCUGGAUCUUCUGCAUCGUCGUCUGCGUCUGGUGGACCCGCAAGAGAAAGAAAGAGCGCGAAAGAGCGACCCGAUCCGAGGACACCACGGUCAACAACCAGCUAGAGCCGCUGCGGAGCAACGCCCUCAAGGACAACCGCGACAAAGACAUUCAGUACGAAUGCAAGAAACUGAUGGGCCCUUCGGACAGGACGUGCGAUGGGGCUGAGGGUGAGGAGGAAGGGGAGCAGGAGGGUGAGCAGGAGGAAGACGAGGAGAGGGUGAUGGGCAUGGGGGAGAAGUGCCCGCCGCAGAAGUGCUCCAUAGCUGGGGCGGGGCAGGACAGAGGAAUGAUGGGGAAGGGAGGGGUCAUCUGCACGUCGCGCAGCGGGCCGGUCAAGGCGCCCCACCGGACGUACAGCCCCAAAGACAACCGGUGUAAAAACCUGAACGCCGCCAAGCUCAGCGAGGACGUUAAAGACCAAUAUGUAUGAGCACAAGAGGCGGAAAACAAACUGCAAUGUCUUCAACGUCACUGACUUUGAAAUCUUAAAAGCACCAAAAGUGAAGAUUACAGAUGCUUUAGUUUUCUAUUUUUAUUUGUCACACUUUAUUUAACUUUUUCAUCUGCGACAUGGAGGCUUCUUUAACCAAAACACUUUAAAAAAAGAACAAAAAAACAACAACAAUGAGCACCGCAGCUUCUGGAUUUCUGGUUACAGUUUCACUUUGUUUUUUUUCUGUUUACAAGCUGAUUUAUUUGGUUUUUAACUUUUCAACUGAGCGAACACUAACCUUUUUUUCUCUGGACCUUGGAGAUCUAAGUGACCGUCAUUGGCUGGCAGCUGUUAACAUUGUUUCUACUGUUUGGUGCAUUCAGUUCCUGUCUGCCUUAGCCCAAACCUGCGGGCCUUUUUCUACACUGUCUUCAUAAUUUGUCUUUUUAUAAAAAAAAUAACAAAAAAAAAGAUUUUAUACAUGUUAAAGUCCUUCAAAGUUGGCACAGAGAGUCCACUCUUUGAUACCUGGCAUGAGCAUCUUUUGUUUACAUUCACAAACAUCUUUUCCAUCUUGUGUUCUCUAAAUCCUUUUCAGAUAACUUCAUGAUGAUUUUCAGUAUUUUCUUUAGUAGAAAAGUGCCUUCAGCCCUUAUUUUCUCCUUUUUUCUCCUCCGAAAGAGUUUAUGCAGAACUAAAACACGUAUAAAGGGAAAGAUGUCCUAGUAACAACUCUUCACACCCCACUAAAAGUUAUUUUCUUUGCGAUGUAAAUAUGUAAAUAUGAAAAAAUGGCUGUUUAUAUUUGAAUUUUAGUAACUUAAGUGAUGCUUUGUAUCAUAGUUAUUCUAAAGAAUAAGACUGUUUUUGUGCUUGUUGUUUUUUAAUGAUGUCAUUCCGUUUAUUUGUGUCUGUUUGACACUGACAGGUUUUAUACAGACUGUUUCUGAGGUUUCACUGAAUCAUGAGCAUCGGUUUAAAAACAGAUCAUGAUUGUCUUUAUGUGUUAGGAUUAUUUGUUCAAAACCCAAAUAGAGUUAAUAAGAGCAGUCUUCACUUGAUUGUAGGUCGACAGAGUUAAAGAGUAGGACUUUUGACCUACAACGUUAACCUCUCAAAAAAAAUGUUCAAAUUUCUGUCAUCUUUGAGUUGAUAUGUCUUUUAAAAGACAUCUACAUGGGUCAUCCCACUUGCAAAGGAAGGCUUCUCUACAAUGUUGUUAUUUUUCACUGUCCUUACAGCAUGCGAGCUAAGUCUGCUAAAUAUUUCAUCGUCUGCCCUGUAAAUUUCAGUUUCCUCUUUUAAAACUACAGCCUAGUGCUUUUAUUUUAAGUGUGGAGAAGUGGAUGUAUGGGGCUGUGACUUGAUGAGCCUUUGUCGGCUCUGAGUCUCAUAGUUUUGCCUGUGUGUGGGCUAAAGUCGGUAUGGAUAUUAUCAAUGCACCACUAUCUCCACUUUUUAAAACAAGCUAACAAGCUCUGUUAAGUGAGGAAAGUGAGAUAAAAUCAAGAUAAUCUUCCUUUUUGGACACUCCUGGUUCCUUGUCAUCGCCCCCUUUCCUUGUUCCUUUUUCAUGCCCAGCAAAGAACUGGGGACAAUAGGAGUGGGGUGACAGCAGAAAGAUGUGGCGCCACAUUAGGCUGCAUUACCCAGCAUCCCUCACAGGUUGUCAGGAUCCUACAAUAAAAAUCAAUGUAAUCAAGCUGAUGUUGUUGCUGACAUUCGUUAGCAUCAUGUGUAGUUAGGACACGCUUUUAUUAACACCAGUUCUGAGUUUGAGUUUCCCACCGUUCAGAUUACAUAAAAAGCACCCCUCUAUACAUACAUAUUUAAGGGCCUGUGUCAAUAUACAGUUUUUUAUGCUGGCAAUGCCAAAUUUCAUAAAAAAUCUGUGCAGUUAAGCUUUUUUAACUGUUUUAAGUGCACCUCAAAACAGUUCUUGGUGUCACCUUUUUGUCACUGUGCUGACAGCGCUAUCAGUUUAACUUUUGGAAAACUGCUGCAAUGUCAAUGUCACUUGCUUCAUCUACCAUCAUAACCAGAAAAGGGGCAUGACAUAUGGGGAGCUGGUGGAAAAGUGGUCAGGUUGCACCCCAUAUACUUUCCACUCUCUCAUCCCUUCUCCCAGCUCUAUCUGCUGUCAUAUCUCUAUUAAUAAAGGCACAAAAUCCCCAAAAUAAAUCUUUAAAAAAAGAGGGGGGAUGGGACUUAACCAUAGCCUUCGUCAAUGGUAACUGACUCAUCUUGUACAUGUGUAGAGAUAUUACUAAUGCCAGUACAUGGUUCCUUUUCUUUGUUUUUAUAUUUUCAUGGUUGUAAUUCCUUAAAUAAAGGAGAAAAUCAAGGAUAGCUAUUUAAAACAGACUUUCUGGUCACUACCGAAGGAAGCUGGAGACAGCUUUCCUAACAUAGCAACAAUUAGAAGCACUCUGAAACUGAAUCAUGGGCGCUGUCAGCAUUAAAAAAAACCCAUUAACAAGCACAGGCCUGAAGUUAUGCUAGUCAUCCCUUCAAAAUAAUCCAAAUGGUAUUGAUUCAAGCGCAGUAGUUUUCAAAAACUGUUUUUGUUCAGUCCCUUGGCAAUUCUUUUCAAUUUCUGUUGGUCUUUCCCAUUUUUUUCCAUAUUUGGUUCUGUAUUUUGCCAUGCAACUGGUUGUAAUGUAUUCAUUUUAAUGACAAAAGACCUUCAUGGCAUCCCCAAUAAACACAGAAGACUUUCAGUGCAGACAGGUGACAUUUGGUGACACUACAGCAGCCAGAAGAGGUUAAAAGAAAGCUACAUUUGUUUUUCCCUGUCUGAAUAAAUGACAAAUCACUUUUUUUAUUUUGUAAUAUGUACCAGUGAUCUUUACAGUUCACUUUGGAAUAUGCAACAGGAUGGUGAUCAAAGAAAACCAAAUGAUUUUGUUUGUAUUUCUGCACUUUUUGUCCCAUUAUUUGAUGAAAAUUUUGAAGUUAUGUCUAAUAUCACACCCUGAUUUGCUUUUUACUUUUACUUUUGUACUUUAAAAACUGAAAACAGUCAGUUAAAUAUUAAGAUACAUAAGAGAUUCAUUCAUUUUUGCCUCCUCUGACAGUCGUGGUGUCUCUGAAUUUAAAUGUCUGAUAAAUACUGCUGUCUUUUCCAGAGCUUUAUUCGUUAGUUGCUCUUAAUUAGGGACUCCAAAUGGCACAAACAAACAUAUCCCUGUGCUGCGUUGGCGUAUCAGGUCUUAAACCUUUUGAUGACUUUUUGUUAAUCCACACUUUUGGGUCACAGGGUCCAAACAACUUUAAAGCACUGCUGCCUGUCCCUCCUAAGCUCAUCGUACUUCAGUUAUAAAUCUACACUUUUACAGUCUGUUGACAGUGGAGAUGCCGCGCAGGGCAAGCAGGGUGUUUAUUGAGUAUGAAAACCUUUUCAUGAUGGCCGUCGCCCACUGAAGCACCCUUUGAAAGACACUGAUUCCCCCCUUUUAUGAAAGAUUAAAUAUGUGUAGUUUGAAUGGGACUCUACCUGCAGAAGAUCACCCUGCAUCCUUAUUUUCCCUCACCUCUCCUUGUGUUUCUAUCCUGGUCUAAUGAAGGGAACAAGUUGUUGAUGUUGUUGUGCUUGUUGUCCAGUGUUUGUUACGAGUCUGUUUCUGCACUAAGAACACACAGGAAGAGAGAAAAGUUCAGCAUUACCUCCACAGUUGUAGUGAGGAUACAAAGUCAGAUGUUUUCACUAUUUGUGGAUGAAUAUUGUGUUUUCAUUUUCAUGUUCUUGUUAGAAAUACUGAUGCAUAAACCCAAAUUCAUCUUCUGUCAGUACAUUUUAUGUUGUAAGUCCCACAGGAGGGGCUGAAUGUGCAGAACAUUGUAAUUAUUUUGUACAAAAUUUGGUAAAAGUCUUGGUUUGUUAGUGGAAUUUUUUUGUUUGUUCUUAGAACAACCCUAUUAUUUA